AAUAAAGUAGUUCCUUUCAUUGGCAACAUUCAGUUUGGCCGGCGCGUUUCUAACUGUAAACACAUAUUUAAUUACAAAAUUUCAUAUCUCUAAAAAUGUCGGGUGCUGUGAAGAUUAUUGGUAGACCAGAAAAGUUCAAGAAGAACCGCAGUACUGAAAAAUCAGAUGGAGUGGAGCAACUCAAAAAAUUAGCUCAGGACAGUGUAAAACCUGAUGUACCUCCAGAGGAAGAAGAAGAUGAGAUCCUCGAUGAGGAGGGCCUUCGUCUCAAAGAACAAAAUAUCUUGGAACAGGGGCAGCUGCUCAGUCGUACAGGAAAGGCUGUUGAAUUGGGCAACUUGAUAAAAUCAACUAGACCAUUUUUGAAUAAAAUCAGCAAAGCCAAAGCAUCCAAAUUAGUUCGAGCUCUUGUAGAUCUCUUUUUAGACAUGGAAGCUGAGACUGGAAUGGAAGUAGAUCUGUGUGUCGAGUGUAUUGAGUGGGCCAAACAAGAAAAAAGAACUUUUCUGAGACAAUCUCUUGAAGCAAGAUUGAUCGCUUUAUAUUAUGAUACACACAGAUAUUCUGAUGCCUUACAAUUAGGAAGUGGUUUAUUGAAAGAACUGAAAAAGAUGGAUGACAAAAAUCUUUUGGUGGAAGUCCAGCUUUUAGAGAGCAAAGUUUAUCAUGCCCUGAGCAAUUUACCGAAAGCAAGAGCUGCUCUGACCUCUGCUCGAACAACUGCCAAUGCAAUCUAUUGUCCUCCUAAACUUCAAGCAGCCUUGGACUUGCAAUCUGGUAUUCUUCAUGCAGCAGAUGAAAAAGAUUUUAAGACAGCCUUCUCAUAUUUUUAUGAAGCAUUUGAAGGAUACGACUCUGUAGAUAGUCCAAAAGCCAUGCAAUCGCUCAAAUACAUGUUACUUUCCAAGGUUAUGCUCAACCAACCAGAUGAAGUGUCUUCCAUCAUUCUUGGAAAACUGGUACUAAAAUAUGCUGGCCCUGAAGUCGAUGCUCUGAAAGCCAUUGCUCAAGCAAGUCGUAAAAGGUCCAUGGCUGAUUUCCAACAGGCUCUUGUAAAAUUUAGAAAAGAAUUAGUGGAAGAUCCUUUUAUCAAAUCUCAUUUGAAUACUUUAUAUGAUACCAUGUUAGAACAGAAUUUGUGCCGGAUUAUUGAACCAUUUUCUAGAGUGCAAGUAUCGCAUAUAGCAAAAAUCAUCAACUUGACUGUGGAUCAAGUAGAGAAGAAAUUGUCUCAGAUGAUUCUAGAUAAGAAAUUUAAUGGCAUUUUAGAUCAGGGAGAAGGAGUGCUGAUCAUCUUUGAAGAUGCCCCCAUCAAUCAGACAUAUGAAAAGACCUUGGAGACCAUCCAGAGCCUCGGGAAAGUGGUUGAUGCCCUGUAUCAAAAAGCCACCAAACUCUCUUAAGGGGACUUGUGUUUUAAUGCAUCAUCAAAACUGUUUCUUAAUAUAUUAUAUAUAUAUAUAUAUGAAUAAGGUUGUAUAAAAGAGGAAAUUCAUUAUAAAGUACUUAUUCUUUCA